UUUUACCUGCGUGGUUUCAAAUGUCACAUCGGGGAAAUGUGUAGUUAUUGACUUGAAUGCGUUGUUUUAUCAACAAGCCAAAUUGGGUCGAAAUCUGCCGAGUCCAGGAAUGUUCACUAAGCAAUGAUCUUGGACGACCUUGAACUUCUUGAUAUUAAAUAACUCCUUUCUUUUGGGUGUCGUACUUCGUAGUUGUAUAUUCAUCGGUGGUAUAAUUAGCUCCAUCUGUGAGCCAAAUUUCAUUACAAUCGAGUUUGCCCUCCCUGGCAUGAUUGUGCCUGGCUCACGAGCUGUCCAGCUGCUAUUGGGGACGCCUCGGCUCGCCCCUGGCCGCCAUUUUUUCAUGGCGGCCUGCCGCUCGCCUGACAUGGCUGUGCCGGCGGCGUCUGGCGUGCCGACCGACUGCCAGCACCUCGCCUCGCCCUCCAGCGAGAACCUGCUGCUCUUCAGCGAGUCGCCGAUGCGUCAGUGGUCGGGACGCGGGAUCGCUACGAACGCCGGCGCCGACGAGCCACCGGCCGCGCCGGCCAUCGUGUUGACGCCGGCCGAGGUGCCGGUCGCCGCUGAGCCGGAGCGCGAGGCGACGCCACAGCGGUCUGAGGCGGCCGCGCCCCCGCAGUCGGCCAUGGUGAUGUACCUGCGCAAGGCCUUGCGCGACCUGGUGGAGGCUAGGAACGAGGCUAAGGCACCGCAUACAGUCGAGGUGCUGACGCGGCACGUGGUGGUGGCAUACAGCGAGGCGGCGCCGGCAGACCAUCAGCACUUCUUCCGUAUCCUGGCCGAUGAGCACGGCGUCGACCACGCCAAGGUGGCGUCUGCCGCCAGCGAACUGUCCGGCAUGCAGGAGGGGGCUCAACAGUUGAAGAGGGAGGAAGCGCUGGCCGCUCUGCUUCAGCCCGACUACGUGUGGAUCUUCAAGCAGCUCGGGCGCACCGAGGGUGGCGUCAAGUUUCUGGUGGACAUGCGAGCACACCUGCUGCGCGUGCUCAGCGCCACCGACGCGUCCGACCCGGCCGCCGCCCUGCUGCGUUCGCUCGGCUCGGCGCUGAAGGAGCUCAUCGCGCUCUGGUUCUCGGUCGGCUUCCUCCAGUUGGAGCGUAUCACAUGGCAGUCGCCCUGCGGUAUGCUGGAGAAGGUGUCCGAGUACGAGGCCGUGCACCCGGUGCGCAACUGGACCGACCUGAAGCGGCGCGUCGGCCCGUACCGGCGCUGCUUCGUGUUCACGCACAACGCCAUGCCGUCGGAGCCGGUGGUGGUGCUGCACACGGCUCUUACGCCCGACAUCUCCAGCUCCAUCCAGGAUAUCGUGCGCAAACCGCGCCGCUUCUCAUUGUCGGAGUACCUGCAGGGGGGAGCGGAGGACAUGCUGCUCAAUGAUGAGGACCCUGCGCAGAUCACAUCCGCCAUCUUCUACUCUAUAUCGUCCACGCAGAAGGGCCUGCAGGGCAUCGAGCUGGGCAACUACCUGAUCAAGCGUGUAGUGCGCGAGCUGCUGGCCGAGUACCCGCACCUGAGCCAGUUCUCCAGCCUGUCACCGAUCCCCGGGUUCAAGAGCUGGCUCACUACCGAGAUCAACAAGGCCGAGCGGGGCCAAUGCGAGUUGCUGAAGCCGGAAGAGUGGGCCGAGCUGGCUCAGCUGGCGGAGGCGGACGGGCCGGCGGACGCGCUGCGCCAGCUGCGGCGCCUGGUCGGCUCGUGCGGCUGGCUCGAGGAGGACGGUCAGCUAUGCGAGCUACUGCGGCCGCCGUUGAUGCGCCUCUGCGCGCGUUACCUGUACCGCGAGAAGCGACGCGGCUCGGCGCUCGACAGCGUCGCCAACUUCCACCUGCGGAACGGGGCGGUGAUGUGGCGGCUCAACUGGCGGGCCGACCUGACGCCGCGCGGCCUCACCAACUCCUGCGGCAUCAUGGUCAACUACAGAUACUUCCUGGACCAGACGCAGCACAACAGCGAGCAGUACCUGUCCACUCAGACCAUCGCGGCCUCCGAAUCGAUCCGCGAGAUGGCGGAGGCGGCGGCGUCGCUGGCGCGGGCCCGCGCCGCCCUCUGAGCCCUGAUCUCAGCCCGCGCGCCGGGCGACACCAGAGGAAAACGGGCUGCUCAUGACCAGCUGGCCCGUGCCGUGCCGGCCACGCUGCAGUGCAAUAGCUUAAUGCAAUCGGCGCCUUUGUGUGCUGUCCGUGGGCUGUUUUGGGCUGGGACGGGGCGGGCUCGGGA